AUGCCCGACACUUCCAACCUCUUCAACCGAUCCUCCGGCCAGAGGAGCACAGACUCCCCUUCCUCUUCGCCCCACGCCUCGCAGGACACCUUCUUAACCGCUCACACGUCCCUUUCCCCGGAUCAGCCCAGCUCAUCUUCUGGCAACGGCUCGCCAGUGUACUCAUAUCCCCCUGCCGUAACCGCUCUUCGCACUCCAGUCGGUCUUAGGAAGUCCAUAUCCGUCGAUUCUUUCGUAAGCAUCAAGCACGCCGGCCUCAAGUCCCCAAGACCCAAUCCUCCUAGCCCCCUUUCCUCCGAAUUCCGCGCUUCCCAGGGCGAUACUGACCAUCUCUCGCCCCCUUACCCACGCCAAUCCGACGCUGCCACUGCCAACCUUCGCCCUAUCCUGACGGAGCGCGAUAAACGUGCUACCGUGACGUCCUACUCUGGCUCAUCACGCAGUCGUGGGACCAGCGUUAGCACGACGACCGACGACCGCGACCCAGGCACAUUGGACGAGUCGGACAUGGAGCGCUCAGACGACUUCUCAAGGCGCGUGCGCAAAGGCAAGCAGAGUUCCCGCCAGUCAGUCCGGCCUGGAGACCUCCCCAUGCCCUCGCGUCUCCACCCCAAGGCGUCAGCACCUGUCAUGCAUGUUGGCCAGACCUCUCCGAUCUCGCCUUCUCGGACCAGUGUCUCCAGCGUUUCCACCAAGCACAAGAGUUUAUCUAAUGUGCAGAACUUCCAAUACCAGCAUCUUCCCGAUGAGGACGAGGUCACGCUUCUUGUCGUCGGUCCCCAUGGCUGCGGCAAGUCCACUGUUAUUCACAAGGGACUGAAGUUCCCCGACCUUUCGCCACCCGAGGAGGUGACCAUUGAUAUUUGUGGCGGCCAGAGGCCGUUCACUUACAUUGCACGGAGAGGUGUUGUUCUUCUAGACAACGACGAGCCAGUCAAUCUGCGGGUGCUCGAGGCUGACAUUUCCCCGUUUAACCUGGGCGAAGCUCGCGGGAUGUGGGCGGAUACGACGGAUAUGUGGGACGGCGUUGCCAUCUGCUACGACGUGACCGACGAGCAUCCUCAGGGUCAUCUCGAGGACCUUCUCCAUACCUUCCGUCAGCUCAAGGUGCCUGUCAUCGUAGUCGCAUGCAAGGCCGAUCUGGAGACCACUGUUCCGUUCAAUGUCGUCGAGGCUAUGGCGAGGCGGUACGACACGGGUAUCAUCCAAGGCUCAAGCGUGGACGAGAAUGGGAAGAAGCAGGUUCGCGCCGGCUUCCGGUGGCUCAUUCAACGCAUCCUCAUCAGCAGAGGAGCCACCACCCUAGAUGAUUAUCAGGGCAACCCGGCUUCGCCCAACGCCGUCUCGUCUGCGUCGCCGCCACCGUGGGAGAUCUCACGCGCGUCUUCCGUAACGCCGACGGCGUCAUCUUCCUAUCGCAGAGAGUCCAUCCAACAAUCCUCACCUACCAACCGGACAUUAGGCCACGCGCCUUCGCAGUCGAUAUCCCAUGCGAGCCGUCCGUACCAUCGACCCGUGACCAACCCUCCGUCCGGAGUACCUACUCCGGCGUCUCCGACACGUGCUCGCUCGACUAGCGAUCUGCUGUCUGAGCACGAGAAGUCCAAGCGGGAAGAGCGGGAGGGUCACACCACAGUAUAUAAUGCCGGACGGAACAGCAGCCAUGCGUCCCUCCAGGCUCAUGCCGUCGCUGGCCUCGGCUUAGAUGGGCCUUCAAGUACUACGGACGUCUCGACCUCGGAUGGGGUGAGGGACCUCUCCAUGAAAGAAUCUCGUGCUCCGCCUUGGAUGAGUCUGGACGACUUGCUGAACAAGCUGUUAUUUAUGGCCGUCUGUGAUGAUGAUCCGGUCUUCAUCUCCCAUUUCCUUCUCACGUAUCGACGCUUUGCAAGUCCCCGGGCGAUUCUCCUCGCUAUGCAGAAACGCAUGCGCGCUCUCGAUCAUCCAACGGGUGAUCCUCUGUUCGCGUGUUACGCACAGAUGAGGAUUUGUCAACUACUAGAUCACUGGAUCAAUCUAUAUCCCACCGACUUUGCCGUGUCUGGCGCAUCUAGUGCACUCGCCGCUCUCAUAAAGUCGAUCCUCAACAAGACCUAUCUACUCCACUACGGCGCUGAAUUCCUCCCUUUCCUCGAGAUGGUGUCGAGUCUGAAGGACAAGGACGCGUCGUGGGCCCUCAAAGUCGAGGACGAGAGUUCUGACUCGUCUAGCAUCUCGGACGAAGAACACUCCUUCCUCGUGGACCAACCUGUGUCACAGCGCUCAUCAAGUCCACCCCCCAUUCCCGCCGACAACGGCCCGAGCAACCCCUCAGCAUCCCAGUCUGGUUUUGCGCGCGAGAGGAAGGCAAGUCUGCCGCUGACGGCGAAGGCCCUCAUCUCCUCUGCCCCCACUGCAGGUCAAGGCGGCGAUCUUCAGGAUUCGAUACCGAAGGCACCGGCCAACCUUUCACCAAAGGACAUCCUGCGUGCGCUGCAGCAUACUAGUCAGCUGCUGCAAAACUAUGAUCCCGCCGAUAUUGCGCAAGAGAUGACCAGAUUGCAAUGCCAGUUCUUCCUCCGGAUUGAGCCGCGCCAUUGGCUGCAGCACGUCCUUGUACAGGGCAAGAAGGACACGGAGUCGGACCCGAUCGUUGUCUAUAACCUUCUUUCGAAUCACUUCGGUGAAUGGGUCGUGUCGCUGAUCCUCUGUCACGAUAAACCCAAGAACCGGGCACGUCAGAUCGAAAAGUUCAUCGACAUCGCGAACCGGUUGCGGAAUCUCCACAACUACUCCGGGCUCCGGGCCAUCAUUGCCGGGAUCAACAGUGCCACUUUUGAAGGAGACGAGUCGCUCGAGCUUCUUCGGACAAGAUUCAGCGAGCACUGGAAAAAUUUCCAGCAAUGGGACCAGCUCUUGCAGUCCGUGCGCUCGCACCAGAAGUACCGGAUGGCUCUACGGAAUACGAAGGGGGCGUGUAUACCCGCACUAGAAAUUCAUCUAUCCGAUCUCAUACGCGCACACGAAGGAAACCCCGACUACCAUGACGACGACCCUACCAAGAUUCACUGGGCGAAGUUCAACAUGAUGGCGCGCUUCAUCGACACCAUCGUUCAGUGCCAGAAGGGCUGCCGCGAGAGUGGCGAUUAUGACAGGUUUCCACCCCGGGAUAGGAUUCGAAAUCUAUUCCUCACCCACCAAGAGGAGUUGCUCAUGGACUACGAGAUGCAACGUUCUCGCAUAGCGCUCCCGGAUCUCGAGUACGAGGACAACCCCAGAUCAGGAGGUCCCCGCAUAGUUCCCCGGGACCCUAUCUACAAGGAAUCUGCCGGGUUCCGUAAGCUCUUCGCCCUUUUGGGGUAA